AUGGCCAUGCAUGCUCUCACCGGCUUCUCACUCAUCAGUCUGCUUAGUUUUGGCUACCUGUCCUGGGACUGGUCCAAGCCUAGCCUAGUGGCCGAUGGGCCGUCGGAGGUCAGGGAACAACAGCCUUCUGCUGCUCCUCUCCAGCCUCCCCACAUCAUUUUCAUCCUCACGGACGACCAGGGCUACCACGAUGUGGGCUACCAUGGCUCAGAUAUCGAGACCCCAACGCUGGACCGGCUGGCAGCUGAGGGUGUUAAACUGGAGAAUUAUUAUAUCCAACCCAUCUGCACUCCCUCAAGGAGCCAACUCCUCACCGGCAGGUACCAGAUCCACACAGGACUGCAACACUCCAUCAUCCGCCCACGGCAGCCCAACUGCUUGCCUCUGGACCAGGUGACGCUACCCCAGAAGUUGCAGGAGUUGGGCUAUUCCACACACAUGGUGGGCAAGUGGCACCUGGGCUUCUAUCGGAAGGAAUGUCUGCCCACCCGUCGGGGUUUCGACACCUUCCUGGGCUCACUCACGGGCAACGUGGACUACUAUACCUAUGACAACUGUGAUGGCCCCGGGGUGUGCGGCUUUGACUUGCAUGAGGGUGAGAGCGUGGCCUGGGGACUCAGUGGCCAGUACUCCACUAUGCUCUAUGCUCAACGAGUCAGCCACAUCUUGGCCAGUCACAGCCCCCAGAAACCCCUCUUCCUCUAUGUGGCCUUCCAGGCAGUCCACACACCCCUGCAGUCCCCACGCGAGUACCUGUACCGCUACCGCACUAUGGGCAAUGUGGCCCGGCGGAAGUAUGCGGCCAUGGUGACCUGCAUGGACGAAGCUGUGCGCAACAUCACUUGGGCCCUCAAGCGCUAUGGUUUCUACAAUAACAGUGUCAUCAUCUUCUCCAGUGACAAUGGUGGCCAGACAUUUUCGGGGGGCAGCAACUGGCCCCUCCGGGGACGCAAAGGCACUUACUGGGAAGGAGGGGUACGGGGUCUAGGCUUUGUCCAUAGCCCCCUGCUCAAACGAAAGCGCCGGACAAGCCGGGCUCUGGUGCACAUUACUGACUGGUAUCCGACCCUGGUGAGCCUGGCUGGAGGCAGUGCCUCUGUGGCUGACGGGCUUGAUGGAUAUGACGUGUGGCCUGCCAUCAGCGAGGGCAGAGCAUCGCCACGCACGGAGAUCCUGCACAACAUUGACCCACUCUACAACCAUGCACAGUAUGGCUCCCUGGAAGGGGGCUUCGGCAUCUGGAACACAGCUGUGCAGGCCGCUAUCCGUGUGGGUGAGUGGAAACUGCUGACCGGAGACCCUGGCUACGGAGACUGGAUCCCUCCACAGACACUAGCCGCCUUCCCUGGUAGCUGGUGGAACCUGGAGCGCAUGGCUAGUGCUCGCCAGGCUGUGUGGCUCUUUAACAUCAGUGCUGAUCCCUAUGAACGGGAGGACCUGGCUAACCAGCGGCCAGAUGUGGUCCGGGCCCUACUGACCCGCCUGGUGGACUAUAACCGCACAGCCAUUCCCGUUCGUUACCCGGCUGAGAACCCUCGGGCCCACCCUGACUUCAAUGGGGGAGCUUGGGGACCCUGGGCAAGUGAGGAGGAGGAGGAAGAUGAAGAGGAGAAGAAAGAGGGCAGGUCUCAAAGCUUCUCCUGGGGGCGCCGCAAAAAGAAAUGCAAGAUUUGCAAACUGCGGUCCUUUUUCCGUAAACUCAAUACAAGGUUAAUGUCUCACCAUAUCUGA